AGAUAUAAUAAUAAUAACGACCGAAGUUUGAGCGACAGAUCAGUGGAAUCGAGUGAAAUGAGUUCCUCGUCGUUGUCGUCGUUUAAUAAGAUCUCUUCGUCUUCCAGUUCUGCCUCAUCUUCGGUCAACUUUCCGGCCAAUUGUCGUAAACCGAGUCCAACCACUUUGAGUCCCAAAAAAGUCAAUAUUUCAAUGCAAAGGUUUAUAAAGAGUAAGGGUUUGAUUGCAUCCAAAGACAGCUCUUUAUACUCGCCGUUCGCUUCUCUCAAUGGAAAUGGUUUUACAAAUAAGUCGUCCGACGAUUACUAUGAGCUAAAACCGCCACAAUUUGUCAAAAAGGAUUUAACGACUAUUAAAAGACGCGUUUCAGCCAUUUGUAAGAUCCAGGAAGAGCUCAAACUUAUGAAAGAACGCGAAGAAGAACUCAGGUGGCAAAGGGUGCGAAUUGUUGGCGUUUCUCAACCAAACUUAAACACAUUAAUUGAUGAAACGGAUGAGACAAUCAAAGUGGAAGAAUCGCAACCCAAGGAUCAACAAUUGCUUCAGAGGGCUAACAGUAAUCCAAAUCUAAUUGAAAAGAGUAGCGAAGAUUUGGCUGCAGAAGAGGCUCUUCGAGUUGGAGGUCCCCGAAGAAGGAUUCGUAUGAUUGAAAUGUGGGAAAAGAAGAUUCAAAAAGAUGUCGACAUUAAAAACUAACACUCGUUUGUGAUUUGAUUGUGUGUUUCGUGUAUUAAUUUCUUUGUUUAAUAGAAAAUUUUGUUUAAUAUUUAACUUUUGUACUUAAAAAUGAGAUAAAUGUCAAAGAAUAUGACCUUAAAAUUGCCAAACUAUGAGCUGC